GAAACAGAUAAAACCAGGGCAGGGGGUAAAAAGGUGCCCCGGGCCUCUCGGAAUCCAGCGGCCGCCGCCGCCGGGGUGGGCUCCGGAAGAGCCGGCCCAGCAGGGAAGGGAGAAGACUAGCCAGGAGCGAAAUUUUGCAGGCGGGGAAGAGGCAGAGGCGUAAAGAAAAAGUGACUCCGGUCGUGCGCCUCGGAGGCGCUUAAGAGGGGACUGCGGGCGCGAAGGGGCCCCCGCCGAUCCCCCCCUCUCCGUCCUCAGAGAGGGCAGACCCCGGCCCGCCUCUCAGGACGCGAGGCGAUGAGAUAAUCCAGCUGAGCUGCGAAAGGAGCGCGUCUGGCGCUGGAUUGGGAGGGAGGGGUCUCCUGGCGGGAAGGGCCUCGGAAGUGGGGGUGAGGGUCGGCGCCGAUCCCGGGCCAGAGCGGGGCGGGGGCUCCUGGGAAGCGCAGGAGUGGGCUGCAGGACCCUCGCGCGCGGGGCUCAAUCGCGCUGCGGCGGCCCGCGCGCUCCGUCCAACUCCGAGCUGCCCCGCGCCCCCGCCGCCCGCCCGGCGGGCCGCUCCGGCCCGCGGCGCAGAUGGCGGUGCGCGGCACCAACACCUUGACGCCCUUCUCCAUCCAGGCGAUCCUCAACAAGAAAGAGGAGCGCGGCGGGCUGCCCGCGCUGGAGGGGCGCCCGGUGCCCGGGGGCACAGCGGUAGCAGUGGCUGCGGCGCCCGCUGUCUGCUGCUGGCGGCUCUUUGGGGAGACAGAUGCGGGCGCGCUGGGGGGCGCCGAGGACUCUCUGCUGGCGUCGCCUGCUGGGACCAGAACGGCUGCGGGAAGGACCGCGGAAAGCCCGGGCGGCUGGGAUUCGGACUCGGUGCUGAGUGAGGAGAACGAGGGCGGCCGGCGCUGCGCGGACGCGCCGCGGGCCCGCGGGGCCAGCCGUGCGGGGGAGACCCUGGGCCUCGGCCAGCCGGUCUGCGAGCUGCCCGCCGCCAAGGACCUGGAGGAGGAAGCCGCAGGCCGGAGCGACAGCGAGAUGUCCGCCAGCGUCUCAGGUUCGCUGAGGCUUCACUGGGAAGGGGGCCGGGCUGAGAGGCUGGGCAAGGAGGGCAACCUCGCCGAGUGGGGUGGGACUGCAGUGAGCACCCUGCGCCCUGGGGCCCGAGGGCUGGUCCGGACCCGAAGCGCUGCGCGCUGGCGCGGACGGGUCUAA